CCGGCGGGCGGAGACCAAUCCGGGAUCUGUCCCAGCAGGAAGCGAAUCCCGGGCGCCGUCGUCUCCGGAGCUCGCUCUCGGCGUCGCGCUCUCCCUUGGCGCCCGCAGCCCGGCAUCCCUUCCACCGCCGCGACCCCUCGCGCAGGGAGAUAGUGGACAACCUUCAAAAUGGAAGAUGGAAAGCCCGUUUGGGCACCCCACCCCACAGAUGGAUUUCAGAUGGGCAAUAUUGUGGAUAUUGGCCCUGACAGCUUAACAAUUGAACCCUUGAACCAAAAAGGCAAGACUUUUUUGGCUCUCAUAAACCAAGUAUUCCCUGCAGAAGAGGACAGUAAAAAGGAUGUGGAAGAUAACUGUUCACUGAUGUACUUGAAUGAAGCCACACUCCUCCAUAAUGUCAAAGUUCGGUACAGUAAAGACAGAAUCUAUACAUAUGUCGCCAACAUUCUGAUUGCAGUGAACCCAUACUUUGAUAUACCUAAAAUAUAUUCUUCAGAUACAAUAAAGUCAUAUCAAGGAAAAUCUCUAGGGACAAUGCCACCUCAUGUCUUUGCAAUUGCUGAUAAGGCUUUUCGAGACAUGAAGGUGCUCAAGAUGAGCCAGUCUAUUAUCGUAUCUGGAGAAUCAGGAGCUGGCAAAACAGAAAAUACAAAGUUUGUUCUAAGAUACCUGACAGAAUCUUAUGGAACAGGUCAAGAUAUUGAUGAUAGAAUUGUUGAAGCUAAUCCACUUCUAGAAGCUUUUGGAAAUGCAAAGACUGUUCGUAACAAUAAUAGCAGUCGAUUUGGAAAAUUUGUGGAAAUUCAUUUCAAUGAAAAGAGUUCAGUUGUUGGAGGAUUUGUCUCUCAUUAUCUUUUAGAGAAGUCCAGGAUCUGUGUUCAAGGCAAAGAGGAGAGGAAUUAUCAUAUUUUUUACAGGCUGUGUGCUGGGGCUUCAGAAGACAUUAGGGAGAAGCUUCACUUGAGUUCCCCAGAUAAUUUUCGGUAUUUAAAUCGAGGCUGCACCAGAUACUUUGCUAACAAAGAAACUGACAAACAAAUUUUACAGAACCGAAAAAGUCCUGAGUAUGUUAAGGCAGGUUCCUUGAAAGAUCCUCUAUUAGAUGACCAUGGAGAUUUUAUUAGGAUGUGCACAGCCAUGAAAAAAAUUGGUUUGGAUGACGAAGAAAAACUUGAUCUGUUUCGAGUCGUAGCUGGUGUCCUGCACCUCGGAAAUAUUGAUUUUGAGGAAGCUGGAAGCACUUCAGGUGGUUGCAAUCUGAAGAACAAAUCUGCCCCGUCAUUGGAAUAUUGUGCUGAAUUGCUGGGUUUGGACCAAGAUGAUCUGCGAGUCAGUUUAACCACCAGAGUCAUGCUCACCACAGCAGGGGGCACCAAAGGAACAGUUAUAAAGGUCCCCCUGAAAGUGGAACAAGCAAACAACGCUCGCGAUGCCCUGGCAAAGACUGUCUACAGCCAUCUUUUUGAUCAUGUGGUAAACAGAGUGAAUCAGUGUUUUCCUUUUGAAACGUCAUCUUAUUUUAUUGGUGUCCUGGAUAUUGCUGGGUUUGAGUAUUUUGAGCACAACAGCUUUGAACAGUUUUGCAUCAACUAUUGCAAUGAGAAACUUCAACAGUUUUUUAAUGAAAGGAUCCUGAAAGAGGAACAAGAACUCUAUCAGAAAGAGGGCCUGGGUGUUAAUGAAGUGCACUAUGUGGACAACCAGGACUGCAUAGAUUUAAUUGAAGUGAAAUUAGUGGGAAUCCUGGAUAUUCUGGAUGAAGAAAAUCGUCUUCCCCAGCCGAGUGACCAGCACUUUACAGCCGCAGUUCACCAGAAGCACAAAGACCAUUUCCGACUCACUAUUCCCAGGAAAUCUAAGCUGGCAGUCCACAGGAACCUCAGAGAUGACGAAGGCUUUAUCAUCAGGCACUUUGCAGGGGCCGUGUGCUAUGAGACAACCCAGUUUGUGGAGAAAAAUAAUGAUGCACUACAUAUGUCUCUUGAAUCCUUGAUAUGUGAGUCCAGGGAUAAGUUUAUACGGGCAUUGUUUGAAUCAUCCACCAAUAACAACAAAGAUACGAAACAAAAGGCUGGGAAACUUAGCUUCAUCAGCGUGGGAAACAAGUUUAAGACACAGUUAAACUUGCUUCUGGAUAAACUUCGAAGUACCGGAGCCAGCUUCAUUCGUUGCAUCAAGCCCAACCUAAAGAUGACAAGCCACCAUUUCGAAGGCGCCCAAAUUCUGUCUCAACUUCAGUGUUCUGGCAUGGUAUCCGUGUUGGACUUAAUGCAAGGUGGUUUCCCUUCAAGAGCCUCAUUUCACGAACUCUACAACAUGUACAAAAAGUACAUGCCAGAAAAACUUGCAAGAUUGGAUCCAAGGCUAUUUUGUAAGGCUCUUUUUAAAGCUUUGGGAUUAAAUGAAGUUGACUACAAGUUUGGGCUAACAAAAGUAUUUUUCAGGCCUGGCAAGUUUGCAGAAUUUGAUCAGAUUAUGAAAUCUGACCCUGAUCACUUAGCAGAAUUGGUUAAAAGAGUCAAUCUUUGGCUAGUCUGUAGUCGCUGGAAGAAAGUUCAGUGGUGUUCACUUUCAGUGAUCAAACUGAAAAACAAGAUAAAAUAUAGAGCUGAAGCAUGCAUUAAAAUGCAGAAAACCGUCCGAAUGUGGCUUUGCAAAAGGAGACACAAACCACGCAUUGACGGCCUGGUUAAGGUGGGCACACUGAAGAAAAGACUCGAUAAGUUUAACGAAGUAGUAAGUGCACUGAAAGAUGGAAAGCCAGAAGUGAACAGGCAGAUCAAAGAUCUUGAAAUUUCUAUAGAUGCUCUGAUGGCCAAGAUUAAGUCCACCAUGAUGACGAGGGAGCAAAUACAGAAAGAGUAUGAUGCACUAGUUAAAAGCUCAGAAGAGCUUCUCACUGCAUUGCAAAAGAAGAAACAGCAAGAGGAGGAGGCAGAGAGGCUGAGACGCAUUCAAGAGGAGAUGGAGAAAGAAAGGAAGAGGCGUGAAGAAGAUGAACAGCGACGGCGGAAGGAGGAGGAGGAGAGGCGAAUGAAACUUGAGAUGGAAGCAAAGAGAAAACAAGAAGAGGAGGAAAGGAAGAAGCGGGAAGAUGAUGAAAAACGUAUCCAGGCUGAGGUGGAGGCACAACUGGCCAGACAGCGUGAAGAAGAGUCCCAGCAGCAGGCGGUCCUGGCACAGGAGUGCAGAGACAGGGAGUUGGCCCUGCGCAUUGCCCAGAACGAGUCAGAGCUCAUCAGUGAUGAGGCGCAGAGUGACCUGGCACUCCGAAGCUUGAGUUCCUGCCCAGCAACUUCUAAAACUAAUGGAGCAAGACCCCAAAUGACACCGGAACAAAUGGCCAAAGAAAUGUCAGAAAUUUUGAGUAGAGGUCCUGCUGUACAAGCUACUAAGGCGGCUGCUGGUACCAAGAAACAUGAUCUCAGUAAAUGGAAAUAUGCGGAGCUUCGUGAUACAAUCAACACUUCUUGUGAUAUUGAGCUCCUGGCAGCUUGCAGAGAAGAAUUUCACAGGAGGCUGAAAGUUUAUCAUGCUUGGAAAUCCAAGAACAAGAAGAGGAAUACAGAAACAGAGCAGCGCGCUCCCAAGUCUGUUACCGAUUAUGAUUUUACACCAUUUUUGAACAAUUCACCUCAGCAGAACCCGGCGGCUCAGCUCCCUGCCAGGCAGCAGGAGAUUGAGAUGAACCGACAGCAGCGUUUCUUCCGCAUCCCCUUCAUCCGCCCCGCUGACCAGUACAAAGACCCUCAGAGCAAGAAAAAGGGCUGGUGGUACGCCCACUUUGACGGACCGUGGAUUGCUCGGCAGAUGGAGCUGCACCCUGACAAGCCACCCAUCCUUCUUGUAGCUGGCAAGGAUGACAUGGAGAUGUGUGAGUUGAAUCUCGAGGAGACGGGGCUCACUCGGAAGCGUGGUGCUGAGAUCUUGCCCAGACAGUUUGAGGAGAUCUGGGAGCGCUGUGGAGGCAUACAGUACCUUCAGAGCGCCAUCGAGAGCAGGCAGGCCCGGCCCACCUACGCCACAGCCAUGCUGCAGAACCUGCUCAAGUAGAGCGCAGGCGUCCAGCCCGGCUCUGGACCGACAGGCGGGGAGGUGGCCGGAAGGGCCGCCGCUCCAUUGCCUCUGGUAGAAAUGCCUUAUGCAAAGUGAACAGAUUUUAGUAAUCAUGGAUUUUGUUAAUUUGUUCAAGGUUAAUUACGGUUGAGGUAGUGGUUUCAGGACCUAAGGAGAGAAUAGCCCUGAUUCCAGCCGUGACCCCGGCCCCCUCGCCCCACCUCUCCCUGAGCUGUGCUUUCCGAAUCUGGACAGAUCCGGAUCCAUCUCACUCUCUGCACACUGACUACCUUAAGUACAGGGUGAUUAAUCUCAAGGACAGGAAGUUUUUUAAAAACAAGUUUUUAAAUGUUUGAUUUUUUUUAAAAAGUGUGACACAGUGCCUUAUAAGUGAGAUAAUGAAAUCAUAGCUUAAUUUUGUGCAAGAAUUAAGGUACUUGAACUGAUUAAGGUUACAGAUGCUUUUGGUUUAAAAGGCCGUAUUUUGUCUGCUUUUUUAGAAAUCCAUGGAGAUGGAUCCCCCCUUAUUGCAGUGUGCCUAGCCCGAGUGAUCCCCAAGUUCAAGGGUCCUGGAAAGAGCCUUAAUGUAGCGAAUAUCUUAUGUGCAGAGGCGGUGCUGGGUGUGCGCAGUGUAGACGCGGGUGCUUUCCUGCCGUGCUCUGUGUUACUCUUGGGAUCUCUGCUUCCUAAUCCAUGGUAAAGGGAAGGAAAUUUGGAUUACUUGAAUGACUGGAAGCUUUGAUAAUAGCUCUGUUUCCUUUCGGAAGGGACACAGGGUUGAGAUGGUGACUCUACUGGACUAAAUUCCAAUAUUUCCCCACUUCUCACCUGUGGUUUCUCGGUUGGAACCUUGUCCAAGUUAUUUAAUGUGAUUUAAGCUGGUAUACUGCUUCAGAGAGAUCUCUCUUUCUCCUUUCCCUCUUCCAGGCAUCUGUCUUGACCUUUGAGACGUGGUAAUCGUAGAGCUGUUUUGUAAACUUUGUAAUUCAGGAACCCUUGUCUUUAGACCUAGCUAGUUUCAUGCUGCCGGUAGGUAGUCUUUAAAACACUCCCUGUGUGUGCUCUUUAGUUAUGAUCAGAUGUUAGCAGCUGGAGCUAAUAUUUAUGACUUUAAUAUUAGGAACUUAAUAAGGACAAAAAUACAUCAAGGAGUUGUGUUGACACCCAAAGGAGUCUUCGUUUGUAUUUUAGAAUAAAAGUAGAAAGUAAAAUUAUUCUUUACACUCCCCUUGCUUUUAAAUGCCCUGACCUUUGAAAUUUCAGUCUUUUUUUUUUCUUUCUUUCUUAGAAAGAGACCUCAGUUAGGAAAAUAUUUCCCAGCUGAUGAGAUUUAUGUCUAGAAGCUUCGGGUACUGUUGUCAGAAUUGCUCCUUUGAAAAUGUUUCAGUACCGAGGUACUUUUUAUUAUGACACUGUGGAAAUGAUUGUUUCGUGUUAAAAAAAUUAAACCUCUCUAUAUCCUGAUAAUUGGAAAAGUGAAUGGGGUAUUCUCCUGGAGGCUGUCUGACUGCUUAGACCCACCCACCGGUGGGUCAUUUAGUCCUGUGAUUGAUGGCAGAAGGUGUAGUUACUGAAAUAAACAACCUGUUCUUUCUCGUUCA